AUGUCGGCGGCGACAAGGAGUGCCAGUAGUGCGGGGCAGCCUGGCAGGUGUCGAUGGGCAUCUACUUCAAUUUAUUUUUCACAUGAGGAAUUCGUGAUGUUGCCAUUGUUGCUCAUUCUACCUGCCGUGAUGGCGGACUCAUUUUGGAUGACCGCCGAUUUGCUGAGAGUGGACUGGAGUGAAGGAUGUCUAACCACCGCCGGUUGUUCCCACCCCAGAUUUGAGAUAAUUGGAGAUUUGCUCCUACUAACUGAGGAGAUCUCUAUCAGUUGGCCUAUCUCCGAGCAUUUUGUGCAGGACACCUCGCGCUCAUUCGUAUCUCACUGGGCGAAAGGUAAGCCGGAAGAUCUGAAGCUCAGGUGCCAGGUGGUUGGCACCGACCCGCUCUAUGGGUUUCCGCGAGUCUGUGACCAUACCGCGUCAGUCCGCGCCUUUCCGGAUGGAGACGGGAUAUUGGAACGGAGACGGCGUCAGGCGAUGGUCACAACCACUCCUCUGCCAGAAGAGGAACUGGGCAAGAGGCUAAUUGAAAUUCGGGCCAGGUGUUUCAACGCCACUGUAGCAGUGGAGAAGCAUACAGAGAGAUGUCCAUGGUGCCCGGACCCUUUAGAUGUGACCCUCAUCGAGCAUAGGCUGCCAGGUGAUCCCUCGUCUGCCUUUUCAACUUCCAUUUUCUCUCGGCUGAAGAGUGACGACAAGAUUUUGCAAGCCUCUUUGCUGACACUGGCAGCAGUCUCUAUUCUGACGUCGAUGAGUUUCGCUUGUGCACUAGUUGCUCUUCUUCGUCAGAAAAGGUCUCAUCGGCAGAUUACGGUAAAGUCACGCUGUCAACCAUAUUCCGCACCAAACUGCAAGAUUUCAGAGGAAGAGAAUAGAUAUGAUAUGCCAUGGGAACAAACACUUCCGCUCACUUAUUGCGUAUCCUCUUCAUCUAAAUCGACUACGACAUCACCGCUGGACUCGACAUCGUCAUUUGGUGCAUCGUCGUCGGUCAUUAAUCCAUACAGCUUCCGACCCGGGUGCGCUAUACCGCAGACGCAAAUUUACCAUCAUAUCUCCCCGAAUUCUUCCGCAACUGCCGGACGUGACUUUGGACUGGGAUCCAUCUAA